AACAUUAAAAAUUAUGCACAUCCUGUGGUUCUUUUCCGGGCUUCUGAAACUAACAGUGAUCACAGUACUAGUAGUGUUGUGGCUACUCUGUUGGAUUCUGGAAAUUUUAUUGUGCAAGAACUGAACUCUGAUGGAACAAUGAAGCAGGUACUGUGGCAAAGUUUUGAUUAUCCUACAGACACCCUUUUGCCAGGCAUGAAAGUAGGAGUUAACCAUAAAAAUGGCCACAUUUGGUUGGUUUCAGCAUGGUCAGGUGUGAACCAACCAGCACCAGGGCCUUUCACCCUUGAUUGGGACCCAAAUGGACGUGAACUGAAAAUAAAGCGACGUGCGGUGGUUUAUUGGACCAGUGGAAUCUUUAGAGAUGGGCAAUUCGAAUUUAUGAAACCUUAUGAUGAAUUGGAUACUCUCAGGUAUAAGUUUAGCAUUGUUUCGAAUGAGAAUGAAGACUACUUCACUUACGCUAGUGCUAGUGUCAAUCAAAGUUAUGGACCACAAUGGGUGCUAAACAUCUUUGGGCGACUCCUUGAUUUAAAUGGAAAUGUUAUUGCACCAGCAGAUCAAUGUUAUGGCUUUAACACCGAUGGAGGGUGCCAGAGACGGGACUAUCCCAGUUGCAGGCAUAUUGGUUACACAUUUGUUGAAAAGAAUGGUUUCUUCAGAUCACUCACAUCCAAUAUGACAACGAAGCAUGAUUCAAAUACAAGUCUCACCCUUAGUGAUUGUAAGGCAGCUUGUUGGGAGGAUUGUGACUGUCUUGGAUUCAUGUUUCUCUUCGAUAAUCAGACUGGAUGCAAAUUUUGGGUUGGAAACUGGACCUUUACUUCACGUGACCUCUUUGGUUAUACAAAUCCAAGCGUUUUUGUCCUAUCUGGAUUAUUUCGCAAUGGAUACUCAAGUAAAUCACAUGUUUCUCCCCCAGAUUUGUUAGUAACUUGUUAUCACUAAGUGCCGAUACAACCAACGAAGACUCAGAUACUAACAGUUGGAUAUGGAUUGGUACUUCCAUUGCUACUGCUCUGU